AUAUACAUAAUAAGGUCACCUUUUUGUGAUUAAUAUUUCUGAUUAUUCUAUAAAUUUAUAGAAUAUUUCAUCUAUAAAUUUAUCUUUUAUCAUUAUAAAUAUCACUCUGAAGUUGAAACUAUACAACAAAUAAGCAUAUUCACAUUACUAGUAAGAGUACAACAAUACCUAGGUAUUAGCUGGAAAUGACAUAAUGAGGUCAUAAAUUGAGACAUUUAAGGGGAGAUAAGGAGCUCGAAUUGUGGGUGACCCUUGUUCAGGGCUGUAUAAUAACAACUCAGAAUUAUUUCUUCCUUUCAAGUAGGUAUGUUGGCGGUAGAGAAUUCUCUGGCAACACUGGCCACAGAAUGCAUACAGCCCUGAGUGCGGCUAGAUCAAUCGAUAUCACCGUUUAAUGUUUUACGUUUUAAUUUACGACCUCACUAUAUCGCUUCUAACUAUGAUACAUGGCAACCGUAAAAUGUGAUUUGUUAUUUUUAAACGUCAAUUAUAAAUUCUUAUCAAUAUUGUUUUUGAUAGUUAUAAAUUUUGGUAGUAACAAUACCUACGUCUUUAGAAUAACAGGUUCGUGAGUGAAAAAUGCUUAGGUAUUAUUAUAAACAUUGAAAAAUUACGAAUUAUAUGGAUUUCAACUAUGGAUAAAUCUAUAAACCAGAAGCAAAAUUAUGGAUCUGCUGAAAAGAAUAGCAAAGACGAAGAGUAUAAAACAGAUAAUCAGAUUGAAAAAAUAAAAGAAUCUGAAUCAAAUUAUAGACUGAAGUCAAAUAAUUCAAAUCAAAGAACCCAUUCUCGUUCUCGUUCACCAUGUAAGAAUUCCAAACAAUGGAUAAGUUCAAAUGCUUUCAUAAAUUUUGUUCAGGACUUCAGACAAAAUCUUACUGGUGUCAGAAGUACAAAAAUAUUCCAGAUAGCUGGUGAAAGAUGGAAAAAAAUGCCUUUUGAAGAAAAACAACCAUAUAUAAAGGCAGCUAUGAAUAUUAAAAAUGAAAAGCAAAAUCAACGAAAGAUUGAAAACAUAAAUAACGUCGUUAAUACAAAUACAGAACAACCAAAGAAUGAAGAUACACAAAAACAAGAAAAAACUGGCAAGAGAGAAAGAAAGAAAAGGGAAGCAAAAAAAUCUAUUAAGAAUAAAAGUAAUACUGAAUCAGAUGAUGAAUCAAUCUCUUCUGGUACAACAGCCACAAAUACAAGUGAAGAUAUGUCGGAUAUGAGUUCAUAAAUACAAUACAAUCAGUUAUAUAAAUGUGAUGGUAUUUAUAACCAAUUGAUAUUUUGAUAACUUUUCUCAUUGUGUAACUUAUUAUUAAUAAGAGUCAAACUUUUCAUAUAUAGUAAAAUUUUUCAUUUGUAUUAAAAUAUAUUUAUGAUCCAU